AUGUAUGGUUUUCAACAAGAACAGCCAGAGCUAGAAAGCGAGACCCUCGGCUUCUGUGAUAGUAUCAUCUCUACAAGCACGUUCUGUGAUCCAUUGCCUGAGCUCGAUGACUUUUUAUGCACCCCGAACCAUGACAAUCUCCUCCCACCAUACUACUCAUCUUGCUUUUCUGAUCCUCUAGUUUCCAUCUCUCCAGAAAUCAUUCUACCCAAUAGCUGUGAUUUGUGCUGCCAAUACCAGUGUCAUCACUCGAAACGUCAGAAGACCAAUGGUGAUUUCUAUUACUCAGAUGGGAUGCUCAAUUGCUUCGAUGGGUUUGUUCCGAGUUCUCGCUCUGUGCUCGAGUUCUUGCCCGACCAUUUGUUGCUUCCAUCCACAGAGAUUCAGGUUCCACCAGCUUAUUCGAGUAGGGAAGUUCACAGCGCGAAGAAAGUAAAUGAGAGGAGUCUAUCAGCACAGAGUAUAGCUGCUCGGCAGAGGAGAAGAAAGAUCAUUGAGAAAACUCAAGAGCUUGAGAAGCUUAUUCCAGGUGUUAAUAAGAUGAACACAGCUGACAUGUUUGCAGCUGCAUUCAAGUAUGUGAAGUUUUUACAGGCCCAAGUAGGAAUACUUGAAGUAAUGGGUUUGAUGCAGGAAACCAGUAAGGAUCAACGUGAUGUAAAAGAACUCCAGAUUCUUGGUUCUCGAGCAAUCCAAGAGAAGCUGUAUUUGGAGGAGAAGUGCUUGGUUCCACAAGGAUUUGUUAAAAUUCUUGCAGAGAAGAAUGAAAUACAAUCAAAUCCUUCAAUUUCUGAAGAGCUUAAUCAGUUUAUGCAAAUAGAGCAAUGA